AUGUACCUCAUCGACCGAUGUGGAAACUGGAGUAAGAGAAGAGGAUGUCGCGGAAGUCUUUCUGUAUCGCGCAAAGAACCUCCCGUUGAUAUGGUUCUUGCACCAUUUGGACGUCUCUCAGUUGAUCUCAAGAACGCCGACGACGUAGUGAUAUUCGCCCUAAACUGCGCGAACUUGCAGAAGAAUUUGCGUCGGAAUCAGCUGUUGCCUACGGUUCGCAACCCUAUCCUGAUAAAUGCAAGGAAACGACGGGAAUCAGGAUGGUCGGACAAUCUAUCGUGGAUGAGUUCUGUUAUUUGGGCGAUGUGCUGA